GACGAAGCAACGCACGAAGCCGAUUUAGAUUGGGCCAGAGUGGAGCAAAACUUCGUGGAUUGCAACGAGUUUAUGAGCUCCGAUUUCUACGAAGCGCAUGUGGGCUAUGAACAAUGGCCUGCAUUUUUUCAAAUGCUGGCUGCGCGUGUGCGCGAGUUACUGUUCAGGAUCCUGAGGACGACUACCGAGAGCAGCAACAACGUGGAACAACUAGUCCGUGGAAUUCAUGACGCGCAAGUAGUGGCAGAGAUGAAGCGUUGGCGACUGUCCUACUUUGGCUGCAUCAAUGUCGAGGUAGGGGGUAUGGAACCGCCUGCACCUGCGUAUGCUGCGAUUCCACUGGCACUCACAGGGAUGCUGCGAGGGAUGCUCUUGACCGCAUCUGCGCGAUCGCAAGCUAAACAUGGACUCGACGACCAAGGCUCUCGAUCAUCGUCUGCAAGUUAUGACGGCGUGACGUCUGGUGCUCAACCAGAAGGCGUGGUCUCGCUCCAUUCUUUGGCCCUAGUGGUGCAACAUGCAGGCCCGAUUCCAACUGGAUCGCUUGUAGACGGGGACAAUGUAAGCGCAGUCCUAUCGUCUAGUCUUUACCCUGUACCACAGCUGCGGUUUGGGAAGCAUGUUGUUGUUAGCAAUCUUCGAGAUUAUGCGCUGAGACGACUGGAGCAGAAGCGCACUUCCUCUAUGGGCAUAUAUGCGCGGCACAAGGAUGUCCUAGAGAGUUGUCCCUUUCUGGCUGCGCGUGAUUAUCGCGAGAGGGUCGAAGCUCUGCUUUCACCGCCUGUCCCUAAAGACCGUGCAGUAGCAGAAGGGGGCAAAGAUGUAAAACAAAACCUGCAAAGUAGUGACCAUGUAUUACCUUUCUCAUUAGUGGCAUCUCGAGUCGCUGCACGCAGAAGAACACAGCAAGUUGGUAGUCACACGUCACUGCCAAUUCGUUGUCGUAAUCAGCAAGAAGCGUCGCCGACAAGAGCACCUCCGUCACCUGCCGAGAGAGUUCAGCAAAAGUUGCAAGAACAAAACUCAGCCAUAACACGUUCUAAGACCCUUCAAGUAGCGGUUUGUAUGACGGGGCGCGCCCGCACACUUUUUCGGCCGGAAGUCUACAAAGCAAUCGCACAGAACGGAACAUCGUUUCCAAACGCUAAUGUCUCCUUUUUUUACGUUUUGGACAUGCAAAACCGUUCGGUAGCAGAGUAUCAGCCAGCGCUGGACCUGAUGCCACCGGCAGACCUUUUGAUAGCAGACGCGCCCGAUUCCGGGGUCCCUCGUCCACCUGUGCUGGAUCGGAGGAAACUGGAACUAGAGGCUUUAAAACGUGGAGAACCGCUCUACAACGAGGAACAGAAUUCGUCCGAAGAAUCUGAAGAUGACAAAGCUACCGAUUCCACUGGAGAGCGGUCCUCACAAGAGUCAACCUUAGUACCUUCGGCUUCAUUUUCAUCCUCUCGGAGGGUCACGAAGGGCGCGCGUAUUCGUAUCAGCACCAUAGUGACGCAGGAGCCAUCGCUGGAGACGCGCGGUUUUUGUGAUGCGCCCGAUUCCAGCGCAUUUCAGUCCCAGAAAUUGAAUUUGUGCAUGGACCAAGUACGCAAGUUUGAGAAGAACAACUACAUGGAGUUUGACUGGGUGAUCCGCACGCGACCCGACCUGCGGUUCCUGUCGCCGAUUGGAAAUUUGCGCGAUUUUGACGAGAAUUACGCUUACCUCUACAUGCGCAACAACUCGAUCAGCCAUGGCGACACCCAAGAUCAUUUCGCCAUACUGCCACGAAAGCUGGCACCUGCAUACAUGGACUACGAUGGAUGCACCGGCGUUGCGGCGCCUAAAGUCCAACAAGCGUGCGCAAAGGGUGCUCGGACCACGUGGACGGAGAGUGGCCGAGUGACGCACGAGUGCGCCUUGAACAUCCGCCUUCGUGACUUUGGUGUGCGAAUAAGGCCUCUGCGGCUCUUUUACUUUCUGCAGCGUUGCGGUGUGUCCACCGAAGAGUGCUUCGAUUCAGAGACGAAUCCCGGGGCAGAGGCCCGAUGGUAUCACCUUCAAGUAGCGGAAGCAACUGGCGGGAAGCGAGAAAUGUAGAAGACCGACUAUACUACAUCCUCUAUUAUGCAUUAGAGUAGUCACUAGUCAGUAUGCGCAUGGCCUUGGCUCUUUUUUUCAGUUACCCAAGCAACACACCACUCAGCUCUGGGAUGGCUACAGCUUUUGAAUUGUUGAUGGAUGUCGUCGUCACAAAAAUAGGAAAUCUCAUAAUACAACAAAUGGAAAAGCAAAAAGUAACGAGUUUUGGGGGGAUGGAAAAAUUUCUAAGACUACUACGCACAUCGAGCGAGCUACAACCUGAAGAUGGCGCUGAUGCCCAGAAAAAUAUCAGGCCUUUCUUUCAGAAAGGGAUAGUCACGUG